UGCAGCUUUUAGAAACAGACACACAAGGAGAUGGGCUUCAUUCUCAGCCCAAAGCUUCGCUCAGGCACAGCCCAUUCUGGAGGAGAGGGGGACGCACUGCUCUGUACUUCGCCGUGUCCAUGUUGUUGUCAUCUCCGCCCCUAUCCGAUUAAACCACAGAGCCCGCCUGUGCUCCACGCCGUCAGAGGAGAGGGAUUUUCCGGCCGCAGAUUCUCGAGCGGACCCGUGGAGACUCAGCUCUACUCUUUUUGGUUUCCUCAUGAUGUCCUUUAAACACAAACAGUGACCCGGUUUAAGUCAAUGUUACUGCGACCAGUGCGCUCUGUGCACGCGUGGGUCAUGCUCUGCACCUGACAGCCCUUCUGCAAGAGUUUAGACUUGAACAGGAGGAAAACUUAGCAUCGUCCCAAGAAGUUGUCCACUGCUGCGGACUCUUCGCUCACGGACUGUUGUACACCACAUUAUAGAGCCUUGUUUUUUUUACCACUUCAAAGCUGCAUCACCGAGGCGAAACGGCGACCUCAGUCGAUUACCUUUCCUUCCUUUGCUAUCCCAUGGAUAUUCACUGCAAAGCGGACCCCUUCUCGGCGAUGCACCUGUCCCACGCAGGGCACGGCGGUGUGAACCAGCUCGGCGGGGUGUUUGUGAACGGCAGACCCCUCCCGGACGUGGUGAGGCAGCGGAUCGUGGAGCUGGCCCACCAGGGCGUCCGGCCCUGCGACAUCUCCAGACAGCUACGGGUCAGUCACGGCUGUGUCAGCAAAAUCCUCGGCAGGUACUACGAAACCGGCAGUAUUAAACCCGGAGUCAUAGGUGGGUCCAAACCAAAGGUUGCAACUCCGAAAGUGGUGGAUAAAAUUGCUGACUAUAAGCGCCAGAAUCCAACCAUGUUUGCUUGGGAGAUAAGGGACCGACUACUGGCUGAGGGCGUCUGCGACAACGACACUGUCCCCAGCGUUUCAUCCAUCAACAGGAUUAUCCGCACCAAAGUCCAGCAGCAAUUCCACCCGUCCCCUGACGGAUCUGUUACACCGCUCUCCACGCCUGGCCACACCAUAGUGCCCAGCACCGCCUCGCCCCCUGUGACCAGCGCCUCCAACGAUCCUGUAGGAUCCUACUCCAUCAACGGCAUUCUGGGUAUCCCUCGCUCCAAUGGCGAGAAGAGGAAACGAGACGAUGUUCUCUGGAGUGGCAACCACUUGGAUGGAAGAAAAAUAGGACAUUAUGGCUCAGAUGGCUCAGGCCCGGGCAGCGACUCUCAGGGCAGUGUGGAGAGUUUAAGGAAGCACCUGCGAGCAGACGCCUUCACCCAGCAGCAGCUGGAGGCCCUGGACCGUGUGUUUGAACGUCCUUCUUACCCUGAUGUCUUCCCCACUUCAGAACACAUCAAACCUGAACAGGCGAAUGAGUACUCACUCCCAUCCCUGAACGCCGGCCUGGAUGAUGUGAAGCCGAGCCUUUCCACCAGCACCAGCUCCGACCUCGCCUCCAGUGUCUCCCAGAGCUACUCUGUCGUGACAGACUCUCACCCAUCAUGUCCACCUUCCAUGUGUGUAAAGCGAGAGCCCCAUGAGGCAUCCUUUGCCCCCUUCACCCCCUCCUCUGUUGAAGACUCUACUCUAGCCGACAUCUUGUCCCACCAGUCCAGCCUCUCUGUAGAUGCCUCUACUUCCAGCUACCCUGCCCAUGCCCACAGUCACUGCUACAGCCAGUAUGCCAGCCAGCCUUUUAUAGCAGGUCGAGAUAUGGCCAGUACCACUUUACCUGGCUACCCGCCUCAUGUCCCCCCCACAGGACAAGGAAGCUACCCCACCUCCACACUCGCUGGAAUGGUUCCUGGAGGGGACUUUUCUGGAAACCCUUACUCUCAUCCACAAUACACCACUUACAACGAAGCAUGGCGGUUCAGCAAUCCAGCAUUACUAAGUUCCCCUUAUUAUUAUAGUGCCGCGUCCCGUGGCUCCGCACCUCCCACUGCUGCCACUGCCUACGACCGCCACUAGUUACUAUGGAGACCAGUUCAAACUGCAGGGCCAGGGCUUUGGCCUCCGUAUUGUCCCUGUCUAAGAAACACUGAGGUCAAAGGGAAGCAAGGUGGAAUCCUAAAGGAAACCCGGGAUGUUAUGUGAUGUGGAGAAAAGGAUCGUCGAGUUCGACGCCGGGUGCAUCUAGCCCAGCUUCAGCGUCACAGACUUUGGGUCAAAGGGGCCCUCGGGCGUUCAGAACUCCCCCAUCAUGCCCUCAAUCUCUCACAGGCCCGAACAUUUCCAGAAUGACUUUAAGAGAUUAUAUAAAUAUAUAUAUAUAUAUAUUAUAUAUAUAUUAUAAAAAUAUAAAAUGAAGAAAAACAGUGUGAAGAAUACCAUGUGGAAAACAAUGUUGUGGGGUUUUAUUUUUGUUUCUUUGUUGCUGUUGUUGUUAUUUUAUUCAUGGAUCCUCACAUUGCUUUUAUGUGAUGAAAUGCAGUAUUGGUCCAGGGGAGAUGACAAUGGUCCCAUAGCUUGAUGAUGCAGCGAUGUGAACCAGUGUUAUAAGGAAUCUUUGACACUUAACGAGAUUGUGGCUCCAACUGCUUUACUCUGGUGAUUUGACUAUGUCUUCUGUCCCACGUACACUAUCAGAGAAAAACAGCAUGUCCUGCGUUUACUGACCCUACAUAAACCAAUGGCAACAUCACAAUUCCUGUAGCAAACAAUCAGAUGUAAAAAUUUAAAUCAUUUUGCAAAGUAUUAAAAACAUGGUGACCACAAAAUGGCCUCGCCACAAUUUCAAAUACUUUAAAUAAUUUUUUUCUGUCACUAUUUCUAAAUGUAAAAAGGUUAUCAAAGAUUCUUUCAGAGUAAUCGUCACAAUUCCCUAAUUUCCAAGUCAUGUCCAUGUCCACACAUGAUCAUCCUUUGCUCUUUUUUUGCACUAUAACCUCAGCUUAGUUAAUUUAUUUGGUACAUUCGCUUUGGUAAAUUCAUUUUAAUUAACCUAACAAUUUUAGGCAUACGUUGAUACUUUAUGUUGGAAAGUGUAGGUGUUAAAGCAGACAGGCAGACAGACAAGCUUUUGUGUAAACAUCCUUUUCUGAGUGAAAGUGAUGCUUUGGAGUUUCGGAGGAGUUUGUAAGCCAUAGCCCUAUGGCUACAUGGACAUAUUCUAUUCUCCUGGGUUAUAAUCCAUUCAGCUACUUAGUCAUACCACUAGAUGCCUACACAGUUUAGAAAGCUGUAUGCAGUUGGGCUAACCAACUGUAAAUUAGCUUCAACAAUUGCCUUACAAACCUGUUUUUUUUUACGUAAAUUCAUGCCUGUUCAAAAAACAUUAAUUGCCUUUGCAAACACAUUUUCACCUCCCUCCUUGAUUUAUGUUCUACUCUCCAUUGGGACUGAAAGGAAAUACUGAUUCAGUUUGCUUUUUGGAAAAAUAUUUUGUGAAUGUACUUUUAACUACAUUUGCCAAAGACUUAGUUUGAUAUUUAAUAUUUUAUUUACAGUAUAUGUAUGCAUAAAUAAAUCAGUAUUAUCUUUUAAAUAAGUAGUCAACACUGAACAUGUAUGUCGUAACUUAACAGGCGAACAACAUGAUGCAUAUGACUGUAAUGAAAAAGUUGAAAUUCAAUGACUCAAUACUCCAUCGGUUGCAACAAAAUGCUGCUUUGUAGAAUGAUAUGUGAAUAACGUGAAGACAAUUCUUCUCUGUAAAUAUUAUCACACACACCCUUCCAGGAUCACACUAAUGUACUGGCUCCCUUUGUAGAUAUACAGACUGAAAAAACAUGCAUUACAUUUGUGUGUUAAUGUAAUGUUGUGCUACGAGAAAAAGCACAACUACUGUAUAACCUGUGGCUACAUAUACUGUAGUAGCAGGUUUCAGAUGCUAACAUCACAUAGAUUGUCUUUGUCAUUUUAUUUUGUUUUCAUGAUAAUGUCAUGAUAAUGUUUUAUGUCACUAUGCAAUGAGUUAAAUGGCUUUCUGUAUCAUACUUUGUUGUUGGGCUCAGAUUAAGUAAUCCCCAUGGAGAAAAGCAUAAAAGUUAACAAGUUAAAAGACUUCUGGUGUGAAAUGGUUUCUUUCUCGUUUCACUUUUGCUCCACCAAUCCCCUUAAAUAAAUGCGAUCAAACUGAAGUCCUUGGUAACAAUCAAAGAUAUUGUCCUGUUUGCUGUUAGUAGAUGUUGUGAUCAUUAUGUUAAUCCAAAUUACAGUCAUCUGUGCCUCCAUGUAUAGAAACACAUCCACACUUAUUACCUGUCACCCAUCUCUCCUCCCUCCCUCCACUCUCUCUACCAAUACAACACUUUAGGGCACGGCAUCCAAGAUGAAAUUGACUUUAAUUCCACACAAGUAAAUACAUCAUCUGGUACAGGGUCAGCUGCUGUUGCUGAGGGCACUGGAUAAAAAAGAAACAGACUGUGUCCCUGCUCUUCUGGAGAAGCUAUCCUCUACAAAUUGCACUUGGGAUUUGCCUAUUUCUGUCUACGUGUAGCUCGACAUAUCUGAAAAUGAAAAAAAUUGGCGCAGAGUGCAAGCCACCGUCAUUCAGGCAGUCUUUGCUUUAGGAAGCGGAGCACCUCUGAAGGAAUGGGUCUUCUGCUGUUGUAAAGAUGAUACAGGAGAUGUGUCACGGAC